AUGUCAAAGGUAAACAAGUUGUUUGUCAAUCAAAACUCAGAGUACAGUGAAGUGUAUCAAUGCUUUCGCUUCGGGAUGCGUAUGUGUCGUUGGGCGGGAUUCUUUCCAGUGGAGGGACUGGACAAACCUACAAUAUCUGGUCUCAGGUACAACUUAAAAGGAUUUUACAUUAUAUAUUAUGUAGCUACCAUUGUGGUUGGAAGUCUGUCAGCAAUAUUGACCUUUUUAUGGCUUCUUGAAAAUGAUUUAACAUUAAUCACUGUUUCUGACUGUAUUUUCUCAAUGACUGGAUUUUUUUCAAUGUUUAUGAUGGCCGGGAUGGCCCGUGAUUGGCCAGUGUUUAUGAGAAAAAUGACAGAAAUAGAACACCAUCUUCAGGAGAUAAGAACUUCCAAGAAUACUAUCACGUGCUGCAAUAUCAUGACGUCAUCGGUCAUGAUUGCUGCUUUGGUGGAACAUGUUUUAUCAGUGAUAUACAUCAUAUAUCUAACCAAACAGUGCAUGUCGUCCUCAACUGAACUGUACGAAAUACUGAUGGAAUAUUUUGUUGUAAUCGCGCCUUAUUACUUGCAACAUCUGCCUUACAAUCACGUUGCCGGAUUCAUUUUUAAGAUAGUCAACAUACAAGUGACAUUUUUAUGGAGCUUCACAGAUGUCUUGAUUAUUUGCUUCAGCAUAUACCUGAUCUCAUACUUCCAGGACUUGAAUAAAGUUAUCAAUAAACGUCGGAAUGACUCGUCCUGGGAACAACUCAGAGUUCAUUACAGCCGCGUGGAGGAACUCGUGAUGCAAGUGAAUGAGCAACUGCGCCUCAUCAUCCUGCAGUCGUUUGUCACAUAUAUAUUUUAUAUAUGUACGCAACUGUUUCACACAUUAAAAACAUCCCAAUCGAGACUGAUUGACUGCGAUAAAGAUAAAGUGGAUAUAAUUCGACAUUCUCCGGAGUACUUGACAUAUUAUGUAUUUUCGUUUGUAUUCCUUGUUCUGAGAUUUGUUGUUACAUCGCUGUUGGCUGCCAAUGUAAGCUUGGUAGCCAAGAAGCCUUUGACAGCUCUGGAUUUAGUGCCUUCUUCUGAAUAUGGUCUUGAGGUGCGACGUUUUCGAUUACAAAUUGAGUAUACUCCCGUCGCAAUGAGUGGACUAUUUUUUUAUGUCACCCGUCCAAUGCUACUUCAGGUUGUUGGAAGCAUAAUAACGUACGAACUAGUCAUGCUGCAGCUCCAUUAA